GAGACCUGCUGGAGCUCUCCUCUGUGCUCUGUGUCGCUCUGCCUGCAUCUCUAGUCAGUGAGGCUUGCCUCUCCCAUGGGGAAUGAGCUCCCGAGGCUUAGCUCUGGCUUGUCCAGCCAAGAACGUGGUGGUGUAUCGCAACGGUGACCCCUUCUUCCGUGGGAGGAAGUUUGUAGUGAACCAGCGGCAUUUCCUGACCUUUGAGGCAUUUCUGAAUGAGGUGACCAGGAGCAUUCAUGCACCCUUGGCUGUGAGGAAUCUCUACACACCCAAGCAUGGCCAUCGUGUUGCUGAGCUGGCUGACCUGCAGGAUGGGUGCCAGUACGUGGCUGCAGGCUUUGAAAAGUUCAAGAGGCUUGACUAUUUAAAUCAUGGAAGGAAGGAGCUCCGUGGGACAAGCAAGAGCAAUGGUGUGCAGACCUGUGCUGUACCCCCCUGGAAGCCAAACACUGCAGUGCGACAGCAGAAGCCCACCCACCUUACAAUACAUGUUUUUCGAAAUGGGGAUUUGCUGAGCCCUCCUUUCCAACUGAUCAUCUCCAAGGGCACUUUAUGGCAGUGGGACACACUCCUGGCUCUGCUGACAGAGAAGGCUGAUCUGUGCAGCGGGGCUGUUAACAGGCUCUGCAGGCUGGAUGGCACACUGGUGUCCAGUGGGGAGGAACUGGUGAAUGGCAGCUACUAUGUGGCAGUGGGAACCGAGGAGUACAAAAAGCUGCCAUACAUGGAGCUGCUGGUGCCCUCUGUGUGCAGGACACUCUGGAACGGAGUACAGGCAAAUCACAAAGCGCUGUCUAAGGGAAAAGGGAUGACAACAGUUCUGAAGAUGAGGAGCACUGAAUGAUGUUUUCCUUGGCCGCAAAACUACUCUGAAGAGUUAAAGGGCUGUGAUGGCUUUCUGUAUUUCCCUCCCCCGUGUUGCUGAUUAAUUACAAGAGUAACAAAGA